GAUGGCGAACGAACUGGAAAGAGUGCGAAUCUCAGCGGCGGAACUCCGUGCUGAGGCGUCGAAUGCAGUUAAUUACGGUACUGGCGGCCAGAAAGAGGAGCAGCAGCAUGUACCUAAGCAACAUAGGAAACGUGACGAAAAGCGACCUGAUCUGCAGCGCUACCAGCCUUUAGCUGGACCUGGACGACGUCAUCGUGACAGCGAGGAGGGGGAUUCUGGUCAAAGUGAUCCAAUGCCUACUUAUUUACAUGAGCAAGAAAAGCCACUGCAGAGUGAGAAAAAGUGUGUCUCUGAAAAAGUUUCAGGGGGCACAAAUGAGACAGGCACUGACCAACGGGUUGGAGGUGAUGGUAGUAACACUCAUAAUGGAAGAAAGGGCAUCUGCUCACCUGUUAAAACAGAGGCAAAUCAAGAAAAAGGCCUCGUUGAUCAUGACGUGGAACAUUUGGAACCUGCUGGAGCUGCAAAACUGGCAAAGAAAGCCCGCAAACCUGACCGUGAAUUUUAUCAACCAGGGAGCCGAAGGAACAUCUCUGGAAAGGACUGUGGAGUUGGAAAAGAGCAAGAUAAACCUCCACCUAAGAAACUUGAGCAUAAAAAUGAGCCAGAAUUCCAGCAGAGUACUGAAGAAACAGAGGGUAAUAAAACAGCAUCUCCUCAAAAGCAAAGAGGGAAGGCUAAAGAAGUCAAAGGUGCGCACGAAAAUGUAAAAACUGUUAAAUCCACUGAUAUAAACAGAAAGCAAGGAAGCAGAGAUGUUCACAAGCCUCCCUUACCCUCUGAUGUUUCUGUGGAAAAAGUAACCAGCAAGGUAGAAGAACUCUCUGUGAAAGGGAAAGGUGGACGUGAAGUCCAAAAUGUUGAUGAGGUAACCUGUAGGAGAGGGAAAACAACUGAUAAGGGAAGACAAAGCCAAGGGGGCGUCAUAAAAGAAGAGGAAGAAAAGAUAGACAGGAAGAGGGAAAAAGGAAACCGCAGUAGAAGAGGAGGGGAGAAAGAAAAAGAAAGAAAUUUGGAUUCCAGAGGAGGUGGGGAUGGCAUGAGUGUUGGAGGAAAAAGCGUCCAGGGGAAAGAUGAAAAAGAGAGAGACGGUAGAGCAGCAGAAGCAGAUAGGAAUAACAAACCCUGUAAGACUGGAGAGACGCACCAAGGCAAACGCAGAGAGAACUGUGGAGAAAGCACAAGAGGAAAUGACAACAACAAUCGGUCCAGAGAAGCUGAGAAAAAUGCAAGGGCAGAGAGAAAUUUAGACAAAACUGUAGAAAGAGUAAAUAGAAACAAAUCCAAUGCCAACAUCAUAGCACCAUCCUCAAAACGAUAUUCCAAAUCAGAUAUACGACGCUCACGCAAUCGAACUUACAGCAGUAGCUCAGCCAGCAGUGUGACCAGCUUGGAUGGUCCAGGAUUCGGGAAGGAUGUGGAAAGCUCUAAGUGGCCACGCUUGCAGCCUAAGCCCAGUAACAAAGACGAGAUGGUUAGUAGCAGAGAGGGACAAAGAGGUCGCCUACAAAGCUGGCCAACUAAUGGGGAAUCUUCUACAGAAUCACUAGAAGGGUUUGAGAUCAACGACAUUGCAGAAAACAGAAGAAGAAGAAGAAGAGGAGGGGAGGAAGAGCUAAGUGCAACAAGGAGGAGAGAAGAAAGGAACCGACCAAAGGGAGGCCGAGGUGAAGGUAGAGCAAUUCAAAGAGAUUCACCUGAAAAACCUUCUGGUGCCUCAUCACAAAGUGGAGAAACACAACAUCGCAAGCAAGGCUUGGUUCCUCGUGGCAGAGGUGGAGGUAUUCUGGUGCUUCCAGCCCACACAGAUAUCUCUAAUUCACCUGAGGUUGGCCAAAGACUUUUCGGUGGAAUCAGGGGAGGAGCAGCAGCACACAGUAGUAGAGGGGGUAGAGGAGGAGGAGUGAGACGACUGUGGGAUCCAAAUAACCCAGAUCAGAAACCUGCUCUUACCAGCAGUCAGUCCUCACAGCACAAAUCCCUCCAACCGCCUGUAUAUCUUCAAACAGGUACUGGAUAUGGACAACUUCAUUUUCUAGACACGGAUGAUGAGGUUGCAGGCAGUCCUCCGGUCCAGCAGGGCGAACACUUUCGAUCACAGCAGGCUGCUGCCAUGGCGUUCUACAAAUUCCAAAACUCUGACAAUCCCUACUGCUACCCUAUGUCCACCAGCAAUCCACAAAAUCCUGGCACCUCCUCAAACCAGCGCUAUCCAUAUCCAUAUAUGGGGCCCUACCAAAUGGUUCCCACUAAUGGUGUGUACCAGAGCCCUGGUGUGGGACAGUUCAGUGGUAGUUACAAGUUAGGAGGUUAUUCUCAGCCUCGUUCAGGAGGUGGUUUGUCACUUGAAGAAGUGGAGCAACAAGCCAGAGGGGAACUGGGGAGGCUGUUAAGGGCGGCAGAUGCACAUGAGCUUCAACUCAGUAAUCUGCUGUCCAGGGACAGAGUGAGUGCUGACGGUCUGGAUCGCAUGGCCCAGCUCAGAGCGGACCUUUUGGGGCUCUAUGAACAAGUCAUCCUCACGGACAUUGAGUUCUCAGAUUCUCAGAAUGUGGACCAGGCUUUAUGGAAGAACGUGUUUUAUCAGGUCAUAGAGCACUUCAGGCAGUUACUCAAAGACCCUGCACACGAGAGCACCUCUUAUGUCAGGAACAUGUUGCUCACUCUACUUGACGAGGGAUCACUUUUCUUUGAUACACUGGUCCAGAAGCUACAGACAGUGUACCAAUUUAAAUUGGAGGAUUACAUGGAUGGCAUGGCCAUCAGGACUAGGCCAUUACGCAAAACGGUAAAGUAUGCACUUAUCAGUGCUCAGCGCUGUAUGAUUUGCCAGGGAGAUAUUGCACGUUACCGGGAACAAGCCAGUGACUCGGCCAACUAUGGCAAGGCUCGCAGCUGGUACCUGAAAGCCCAGCAAAUUGCCCCCAAAAAUGGACGACCAUAUAACCAGCUGGCCCUACUGGCAGUCUACACAAAAAGGAAGUUGGAUGCCGUGUAUUAUUACAUGCGCAGUUUGGCUGCUUCCAACCCUAUCCUGACUGCCAAGGAAAGCCUGAUGAGUCUGUUUGAAGAAGCCAAACGAAAGGCAGAGCAACUUGAGCGAAGGAGGAAGCAGGAGCAUGACGGAGGCUCUAAGGGUCCAGCAGUUAGAGGGAGAGGAAGGGGGGACGAGGGAGCGCGCGUGGAGAUCUGGGUUCGCCCCACUGGACAAGCUGCAACCCCGUCCUCGCAGAGAGGAGGCAGUGAGUCCAGCAGAGACUCUGAACAGGAUGGAGAGCUGGGCAAUCUCAGUGCCAGUGACUUGAAUAAAAGGUUCAUUCUGAGUUUCUUGCAUGCUCAUGGAAAGCUCUUCACCAAAGUGGGCAUGGAAUCGUUCCCUGCAGUGGCGAGUCGUGUUCUGCAGGAGUUCAGGUUGCUGCUCCAGCAUGGACCUUCCCUGCUGGGCAGCACACAAAUGCUGCAGAUCAUCACCAUCAACAUGUUCACUAUACACAAUGCCCACAAUAGAGGUGAAGAAGGAGAAGUGCGGUCUGUUCUACAAGAGCAAAGCACGGCCCUGGGUCUCGGGAUGUUUGCCGUUUUGGUCCAACACUGCACGGAGCUGCUCAGUGAUACUCCUGCAGAAUCGGUCCCCGCGACAGAUGGGGAAGAGGACAGUACAGGGGCGAGGCCAAAUGGUAUGGUGAGAGUCUCUGCCUUCCCACUGAAUCUUAGAGAACUACUGCCGAGCAUGAAGGUGUGGUCUGACUGGAUGUUGGGACACUCGGACCUGUGGAACCCACCACCAUGCAGUAUAGAUUGUAGCCCCGAUGUUUGGCAGUGUCUGGCAGACCUGUGUAACGCGCUGGCGCGCGUGCACCACGGCGAACUUCCCCUGUACAAAGUCGACACUGACGAGGUCGAGGGCGACGAGGAGUUGACGGUGCUGCAGUUGAAGGAGGACAGGCUGCUUGCUGGUUUCAUACCUCUGCUGGCUGCACCGCAGGAGCCCUGUUACACUGACAGACACACUGAAAUGACAAUAGCAGCAGAUUGUAAGAGAGUGACCGUGCUGAAGUACUUUCUGGAGGCAUUGUGUGGACAGGAAGAGCCUUUGUUGGCCUUCAAAGGAGGAAAAUACAUCUCUGUGGCGGCCUCUUUACCACCUAACCAUCACUCUGUGGAUCGAGGCAGACAGGAUUCUAUAACGGAAAAAGAGGCUGAUGAUGUUAUAGUCGAGGCGGAGUCGUCUCCAUCUGCAUCGGGAGAUGAGGACGCAGACGAGGCGGGAGGUAGCGAGAAUGACAUCAAGCAGCUGAAGGCACGACGCCAUGCCCUUGCCAACAAACUCGCACAGCAACAGAAGCGCAGGGAUAAAAUACAGGCAAUGCUGCAAAUGAGUGGGCAGUUGGAGCUGGAAGUGCGCCCACUGUUCUUGGUUCCUGAUACCAAUGGAUUCAUUGAUCAUUUGGACGGGCUGAGGAAACUUCUUCAGUGCGGAACAUACAUAAUAGUUGUGCCGCUUAUUGUAAUUACAGAGUUAGAUGGCUUGGCUAAAGGCCAGGACAACUUUGGUGGUGAAGUGGGUUCAGGAGGUCGCAACUCGUACAGCCGUGGCAACUACAAUGUUAGCGUGGCCCACGUGCGGUCUGUGCAGGAGAAGGCCCGAUUGGCAGUGGAUUUCUUAGAGAAAGCGUUUGAAGCCAGGGAGCCGUGCCUCAGAGCCCUGACCAGCCGGGGUAAUCAGCUCGAGUCUAUAGCCUUCCGCAGUGAAGACACCUCUGGACAACAGGGUAACAACGACGAUGUGAUUCUGUCCUGCUGUCUCCACUACUGUAAAGACAAGGCAAAGGACUUCAUGCCUGAACAGAGAAAUGGGACGGUGAGGCUCCAAAGAGAGGUUGUGCUCCUUACAGAUGACCGCAACCUGCGCGUCAAAGCUUUGACUCGCAACGUCCCGGUCCGAGACAUCUCUGCUUUCCUCAGCUGGGCCAAAGUGGGGUGAACCAAGCUAAGCUGCAAUUAAAGGAACCCAACAGCUGAAGCCUGCUUGCCACUCAGUCAGAGGGAAAGACACACUAAAGUAGAGGAGGAAGAGUAACAGGGGGAGGAGCAAACGAAAAAGAGGGCAAAAAAAGCACUACUUGGAAUACAAGUUCAUGUAGUGACAGUAAGGUGGUUUCAGUGAGCUUUCCUCUUGUGAUGUAGUGUGUGUGUGUGUUAUGUGUUAAGAUCAGUGAGCUUCCCCAGAAAGAGGCAGAGACUUGAUUCGUCUCAGGAAGGCUGGACUAGAAGGGAGGAAGGAAAUAGAAAUGGAGUGAUGUGAUUUGCCAGAUGUCUGGACCAGCCUCGAACCUCUGCACCUAGUUAGCGAGUGUGUACCCUUCGAGCAGAAUUACAUUUAAAGCUGGUGAUAGAAUGAGCCAGAGAGAGGAAGUCUUAUGGCCAUUUAAUUGAUUACAUACAUCAGCACUGAAGGCCAUAACCGGUACUUUCUCGUACCUCUGAGGGCCCAGUCUGACAGACUGCUGUGUCCUUGAAGGUGGAGCUGAUAGAAAGGAAGGCAGAGAGAGAGGGAGAGAAGCGUAGUCACGAUGGUCUGUGUCAGUACAGUAAACAGUGGCUGACCAUAGUGAUGAGGCUCAACUAGGAGCCGUCAUCCAACCUCAGCACCGCCAAUGAAUCACAAGCAUGUGUAUGGUAUUUCCUGCUAACCAGGAAGUGCUGUAUGACUGUUUGGAAAUUUAGGUUGUUCAUCGACCUUAAAGUCACAUUCAAUUUGGGUAUUUUCGAUUAAAUAAAAAUUACAUUUUGUUUUUUAUUUUGUUUUCCCUUCAUUUUAUUUUUGAUUGUCUUGUUUUUGAGCUUAUUUGUAAAGUUGUGUUUGUUUCAUGAAGGCCCACAUCUGCAAAGAUGUUCAGUGUGAACCAUAAUUUACUGAUUUGGAUCAGGGACCAAUGUAUAUGUAAAUAAUGAUUGAUUUUAUGCUACAUUGACAUUGGCUAAAUGUUAUGGAAUUUCAUCCUUGGAGCAAAUUUCCAUCUAUCUGUAAUUUGUCAGUGUUGGUGGUUUGGUUAUUUCCUGUGACUUUGCAGAUCCUUUGUUAUUGAGGUGACAUUUGUGCAGUUCCUGCUGCCACAGCUGUGAACCGUUUCAUGCAAUGUUUUAAUCAUCAGUGCUAAUGUUCCUCUCCUUUGCUCCAGUUGCCUUAUUUACAGUUUAAACAUGUGGAGUCUAACGGCAAGAAUUUGCUUGCACUUCUUUGCUUUUUUUGAGUGAUGUCUUUAUAUUCCUGUGUUUUUGAGAUGGUGUCUGAAUAUUCACAUGACUAAUCUAUUUGGCAACAUCGUGCAAAAUCAAUACCUUAGUCACCACAGUUUGGUUAUGUGGAAGAGAAAUUUUCAUCAACUGAAUGUACAGUAGUAGCAACUCGUACUUUUUAUUUGUGCUGCACAUUUUCAGCUCUGCUUGUACAGCUUCCAUCAGCAGUCGAUGUUUCCGUAUGUGUGAGAAGAUUCAGGCAGGUUUCAUUAUUUUUAGCACCUCUGUAAUUUCUGUGAAUUUGCGCUGCUUUGUCGUUUUAGUGUCAGUGCAAAUGUGGUACAUAAUCUUUGUGACAGAAAUGGUGUUCAUCUUCCAACAUUAAAAUUGUGUUGAAGUUA